UUCUCUCCCCAGGCCUGUGGGAGAUAGGCGGGGCCUCUCUGCAGUUUCCGUGGAAACCCACAGGCUCCCCACCCGGGUGUUGCCUGGGCAGGCUCCCAGCUGGGGCUCAGCUGCUGCCAGCCGCCAGCCUCUCCUCCCGGCCAGCUCCAAGUCAGCCUCUCGCCCCCUCCUCCAGCCUGUCCUCCUUCUCUCAUCUCCGCUCCAGCCUCCUCCACUGGUUUUUGAUGUUUCGGGAGCACUUGGACCUCUUCUGCCGCAUCCCUAAAACUUGACUAUUCAGUAAACAGGCCUCUGAAGCUCCUGCUCCUCCCUCCCAGGCCUUUCCCGGUCUCCUUCCCUGCUCCAGGGCCUGGCCAGGCCUCCUGCUUCUUCCCACCUACCGACAGGCCUUCUGGGCGGUUCCCCCCAGCCCACCUGCCCAUGGAGACCCCAGGACUGGCUGUGCAUGGAGAGGCUGCACCUUUCUCAGCAGCGCUCAGAAGCCUCAUCAACAACCCCCUCUACAGUGAUGUCCGAUUUGUGGUUGGUCAGGAACGGCAGGAGGUAUUUGCCCACCGGUGCUUACUGGCCUGUAGAUGCAACUUCUUCCAGCGACUUCUGGAUACCAGGGUCCCUAGCCCCCUGGUGCUGAGCACUGUGCCAGCUGAGGCCUUCCUAGCAGUGCUGGAGUUCCUGUACACUAACAGUGUCAAGCUGCACCGCCACUCUGUGCUGGAGGUACUGACUGCUGCUGUGGAAUAUGGACUGGAGGAGCUUCGAGAGCUGUGCCUGGAGUUUGUGGGGAAGGUGCUGGACGUGGAGCUGGUGUGUGAGGCCCUGCAGGUUGCCGUAACCUUUGGCCUAGGUCCACUGCAGGGGCGUUGUAUGGCCUUCAUAGAGGCCCACAGCCAGGAGGUGCUCCGCACGCGCAGCUUCCUGGAGCUGUCAGCGCCCGCACUGCUGCUGCUGCUGCGCAGUGACAGGCUCGGUGUAGACGAGUCUGAGCUGGUCCUGGCCGCGCGAAGCUGGGCGCGCGUGGGCGCGGCGGUGCUGGAGCGGCCUGUGGCCGAGGUGGCGGCACCGGUGGUGCGGGAGCUGAGACUGGCCUUGCUGGCCCCGGCGGAGCUGAGCGCCCUCGAAGAGCAGAACCGGCGGGAGCCGCUCAUCCCGGUGGAGCAGAUCGUGGAGGCGUGGAAAUGCCACGCCCUGCGAAGAGGGGAUACGGCCCGGGGCGCGCGGUGCCGUCGCCGGAGGGGCACCCUGCCCCGAGAGCAUCACCGCUUUCUGGACAUGCCUUUCAAGUGAUCCCUGGCUGAGGCUACACGUGAGAACGCGGGACCGGCACCAAACUACAACUCCCGGCAUGCCUGGCAGCGACUUCCGCCUUCCGCUCCCAAGAUGCCCUGCGAGAGGACCUCUGGAACGCCCCUUUCCUGUGGGUGGGGCUAGUGGGCUGGGCGGGGUUGCGAGGCCUUGGCCUGGGUCCGAGCCCCUAAGGUCGCUCCGUUGUCCGUCGGGUACGGGCCACUCGCGGGCCACCCGUGAAUGCUUAUUGACCCCCACACGUCUUUUCAGCUUAAACCCCCGCCCCUUCUUUAAUUCCAGGCCGGGUUCCUAGAGCCCUCUCCCCUGGACCUUAGGCUCACUCCCAAACCGUGCUGUCCCUUUCUUUGCUCGUACCCAGCCUCCUGGUGACCCCUCGCCGCCUCGAUGGGGGUGUUAGUCUCCGACACAGUCAUUCCCCACGCUCCAAAGUUGUCAGCCCCGGGGGGCCGGGAAGGUGGUCCAGCGGAUGCGGCGCUUGCACGCAGCUGACCUAGGCUCCAUCCCGGCUCCCCAUAGGGCCCCCUGAGCACAGAGCCAGGAGCAACCCUUGAGCAUCCCUGGGUGUUGCCCACACAAAAAAACUUAGAUUCUGGGGCCUGAGCAGUAGCUAGGUUGCUACCGAGUGUGGUCCUGAAACAAAAACUUUGAAAAAUGUCAGCCUCAUAUUCUAUUCCUCAUUUGUUUAGUUUGUAUUGGUAAGCAGAAGUUACCAAUCAUUUUGCCCCCCCCCCUUUUUUUUUACCAUUUUUUAUUGAGAUGCCAGGAUUUGCAAUGCCGUCAGUUAUAUUUUUCAUGCAUACAUCAUCCUAACACCAAACCCAUCAACAGAGAGCCCGCCUCCACCCACCCACUGUCUCCUGGGUACUUCUUUUUUUUUUUUAACAGCUUUUUCUUUUUCAUUAGUGAAUCAUUGUAAGGUACAGUUAUAUACUUAUGAACUUUCGUGUUUGCAUUUCAAUCAUACAAUGAUCGUUUACCCAUCCCUCCACCAGUGCCCAUUCUCCUCCAUCAAUGUUCCCAGUAUCCCUCCACCACCACCACCCCACUAUACUCCCCCACCUCUGUGGCAGGGGCAUUCCCUUUUGUUCUCUCUCCUUUUGGGUGUUGUGGUUUGCAAUAGAGGUAUUGAGUGGC